GUUUCUCAUAUAUGCGGAUGAAGUAUCUCUUCAUCUCUUGGUUAGUAGUAUUUAUUGGCAGCUGGGUUACAUAUGUUCAGUAUUCCACCUACACAGAACUAUGCAGAGGACAUGACUGUAGGAAAAUAAUAUGUGAUAAAUACAAGACUGGAGUUAUUGAUGGGUCAGCAUGUAGCAGUCUGUGUGCUAAAGAAACACUGUAUUUUGGAAAAUGUUUGUCAACAAAGCCCAAUAAGCAGAUGUAUUUAGGAAUCUGGGGAAAUCUGCAAGGUGUUAUAAAAUGCCAGAUGGAAGAAGCUGCUGAACUUGAUUUUGGUACUGACCCAGAACCAAGGAAGGAAAUAAUCCUAUUCGAUAAACCAACAAGAGGAACCACUGUUGAGAAAUUCAAAGAAAUGGUAUAUGGUUUUUUUAAAGCAAAAUUGGGUGAACAAGGAAAUCUUUCAGAACUGGUUAAUCUCAUCCUAUCUUUUGCUGAUGGAAACAAAGAUGGUAGAGUUUCUUUACCAGAGGCAAAAUCUGCAUGGGCACUUCUGCAGCUAGAUGAGUUUCUGUUAAUGGUGAUCUUGCAGGAUAAAGAACAUACUCCCAAGUUAAUGGGUUUUUGUGGGGAUCUCUAUGUGACCGAAAGAGUUGAAUAUACCCCUCUCUAUGGAGUGAGCCUUCCAUGGAUUAUAGAACUCUUCAUUCCCUCUGGCUUCAGAAGAAGCAUGGACCAAUGGUUUACUCCAUCGUGGCCAAGAAAGGCAAAAAUAGCUAUAGGGCUUUUAGAAUUUGUGGAAGAUAUUUUCCAUGGACCUUAUGGAAACUUUCUUAUGUGUGAUACAAGUGCCAAAAAUUUGGGAUAUAAUGAUAAAUAUGACUUGAAAAUGAUGGACAUGAGAAAAAUUGUGCCAGAAAUGAAUUUGAAGGAAAUAAUUAAAGAUCGUCAGUGUGAAUCAGAUUUGGACUGUAUUUAUGGUACAGACUGUAGAACUCUCUGUGACCAAAGCAAAAUGAGAUGUACCACAGAAGUAAUUCAGCCAAACUUGGCAAAAGCCUGUCAGCUACUUAAAGACUAUCUGCUUCGUGGUGCUCCUUCUGAUAUCCAUGAAGAACUAGAAAAACAACUGUACUUGUGUAUUGCCCUUAAAGUCACAGCAAACCAGAUGGAAAUGGAGCAUUCUUUAAUACUCAAUAACUUAAAAACUUUAUUGUGGAAGAAAAUUUCCCAUACAAAUGAUUCUUAG